GAAGAAAAAUCAAACAUUAAUUGCAAAAAUAACAGACUGUUAGGCCUAUGAAUAAUUGGGAAAAUUAAAACAUUAUCUAAUUGAUUUAAUUUUUGUUUCAGCUCUCAUGAUGGCUUACCGGAAGUCACCACUUGGGAUUUUCCUUGUAUGUACUGCUGUAGCAUACAUUAUAUCUAGGGUACGUCAUCAGAUGUGAUUCCUUGAAAUCCGUCCGGAACAAACACUUACACAUACUUACCCGCGAUACCACAAAUAUAUCACAUGACCUCGGGUGGACAAGUGCUAUCAUAAGAUUGUGUGUAUGUGAACGCAUAUUUGUAGUAGACGGCGAAGUGAAACCCGUUCUAUUAAUACAGACAGAUUUUAAUAAAAGCUUCGAACCAAGCCAAGCAGUAGUUUUGUACCGAUAUAUCUUGAUAUUAAUUAGACAGCAUUCUUACCUCAAUUUUAGUUCAAGAAUCGAAAAAAUUAAAACGAAACGAAAGUUCGAUUCAUUUUCUGGCCGGACUGAAAAUGUAAACGUUUCAGAUAGGGUUCGUGGAAAUGAAAUGACGAACCGCUCGAACCCAUUUCUGAAUAGGACACUCACUAAUUUACAUAGCAGAUUCAGCGAAUUUGACCAUGGCACAUUGGAACUGAAACCGGAGAUGAAAUUAUCAAUGACUUUGGUUUAUGCAGUAAUACAGGUGAUUUUGAUGUUCUUUAUUCAUAUGAAGGGAUUUUUCAGCCAACCAGGAGUAAAAUAUGUAAAGGGAAACGCGCCUUACAACGCUGAUUAUAGGUGGAAAUCUUUAAAAUAUUAUUUAGGAUCCGUUUGUCCUUCAAUUGGUCAACAUCGCAGUCGCAAGAACGACAACUCUGUUGCGAGAGAAUCCAGCCAUUGGGACACAAAGAAAAAAGUGCUAGACGUUACCACAAUGUCAACAUUAACACCACCGCAACAAAACAUCAUUGUGGCACCAGUCACAGAAUUAAACGAAUAUUUUGAAUCGAUGAAUCUAUCAGACACAUCUAAUAUUGAUGUUUCUUUGAAUAUCGAAAUUUUGAGGCUAGAAACUUUUCACAACUUUCCACGAUCGGCUCCAGUAAGUACGAUACGUCUCGCAGAAAAUGGAUUCUUUUACACAGGGAAUUCAGACGAAGUUGAAUGUUUUCAAUGUAGUGUUCGAUACAGUGGAUGGGGCCAGGGAGAUACACCAUUUGAUAUUCACAAGAAAAUAUCUCCGAACUGUGAUUUUGUACGAGGCAAAGAAACUGUAAAUGUUCCAUUAUUGCAGUCAUCAACUCCAAAUUCAAAUCAAGAAAAUGGCGAAACACAUAAAGAUAUAACUUCCGUAAACAUUCGCGGACUGCCAGAACAGUUCAGAAAAAAGGCGCAUGAUCGUCAGUUUCAAUGCAGGACAAACUCAGAAGAGUUAUGGAAUAAACAAGGGUCAUUUGAGUCACACACGCACACCAACACUACCGAAAAUGAAUGUCAUAGCAACGAAAUCGAAAGAACGUCGCAUAGCAACACAUGCGAUUUGCAAUUUCAAAAUGAAGAAAUCGCGAACCUUGAAAGGGAAGCAAAUGACAGAGAAACAAUUAACUGCGAAAUCGACCGAAAUUCCAAUGUCGACAAAAUACCACAUAUGGACAAUAAUAACAAUGCCCAUAACGGAUGGCGGGAAAGACAUUCCGGAAAACUCCGACUUACUCCACUUGCGUCUGUGAGGAAAUCGCUGAUGUAUCCUGCCUAUGCAAUUCCUACAAUACGCCUCAGUUCAUAUAAAGGCUGGUCGUCGACUUCCGGUCUCAUCCCAAAGUCUCUGGCCGAUGCCGGGUUCAUAUAUGCAGGAUACGCGGAUCUGGUUCGAUGUUUCUGUUGCGGAGGUGCUCUCCGGAACUGGUUGCCGGGAGACGAUCCUUGGAUCGAACACGCGCGGUGGUUCCCGGAAUGUGUGUACCUUCGACAGAGCAAAGGGGAUAAUUUCAUUCAGCUUGUUCACGAGGAUAUCAGAUUACCACAGGUGAUUCAUAACAAAAGGGAUUCCAGGCCGAACACAGAAGCGACAGAUUUGUCCCCGGGAUCUGUGACGAGAGAACAUCGUCAGGAUCCGGCCAGUCUGCAGACAAAUGAUCCUUUUAUCCAGAGGGUAAAUGAGAUGGGAUUUCCGGUGGACGUCAUUUCGUCCACAAUAACUUCACUACAAAGACAAGGAAAGCCGAUAGAUGUUUACACCAUCGUAAAUGAAAUUUUGCAUUCGAAAACGACUCCCCUACGUGAUGGAUUGGAUGAAGUGGAUACGUUUCGAAAUAAAAAGUCCGCGCAGAAAAACAUCGGACAGACACAAGAUGAAGAAAUGCUUAUGACACGGGCCAAUGGGACAUGUAAGAUUUGCUUGGAGGUGGACGCAUGCGUGAUGUUCUUGCCGUGUCAUCACGUGACUUGCUGUGAGGAGUGUGCUCAAGUGUUUAUCAGGUGUCCCGUUUGUCGCCAGACCGUUAAUGGCCGGAUUAAGAUAUCAUUUUGAUUGCUGAGUAUUAUCACGACGAGGCAGCACAUUUUUUUAGUCAGAAGAGUAUAUAAUGUACUUGGUAUAUCAUAGACUAGUGUCUUAAUUAGGAAAUGGAUAGACAAAAAUCUUAACGUUAUUCAAUUAUUACCUAGAGUUUUAAUUAUGUCUGAAACAAAUGUAAAAUCUUAAUGUUAAUCAAUGUUGUCUAAAAUUAAUCUAUUUAGAAAUUCAUAUGUAAAUCAGAAAAUGACACCCAAGUUGAUUAAAGGAACCUGUCGAAAAUUAGUAUGAGAUGAUAUGAUAUAUAGGAGCCUGAUUGGUCCGGAAAUUUUCGUGCUUGAUUUAAUCCCAUCAUCAAGAACAUGCAUCUUUUAAUAACAAAAGGUACUGAUUGAAUGACACUCGAUCACAAGGGUGAUCAAAAAAGCUAUUUGAGUGUGUGCAAAUGGCACACGGUUACUACCUCAUUUUAACGUCCUAUUUAUUUUUGUUGUUAAGUUUGUUUAUCAUAACUUUUAAAUAUUUAUAAUGUAUGUUCCUAUCACUCUCAGUCACACAACACUUUUGUUGUAAUGUCUCAUAUCGUAUGUCGUAGUCAGUAUGUUAACUAGAUUCUUUGGUUGUACUAUUUAUAAUGUAUACUCAGGUCUUAUUUUGAAGUUGAAUGCUAAACUUGCCGUUACUGAUAUUAUUUUGCUAUUGUACAUAUCCAUGUAUAUAUUGAAAUGUUUAUAUGUA